AUCAAAUCACGUGAUGAACAAAUUCCGUCUGCAAUUUUUUUGCAAAGCCCUGCGGCAGGAGAUAUCUCGUUCUGUGAAAAAGAAAGAAAGAAAAGCUAUUAAAAUACUUACCAAUGGAAGAUCACAUUCAUUAUCAACAUGGAGAUAAAAUGCAAGAAGCCUAUCCCCAAUACCCUCCUCAACAGCCUGGCUAUCCACCUGCUGAUCAAGGGUACCCUCCUCAACAGUACCCACCACAGCCGGGUUAUCCACCACAGCAGGGAUACCCACCUCAACAGGGUUAUCCUCCACAACAGGGUUACCCUCCACAGCAGCCUUAUAAGGGAGAUGCUCCUCCACCUUAUUUUGGUAAUCCCGCUCCUCCUCAGCCACAGCCUGUGCCUGUGGCACAGCAACAAACAUCUAAUAAUGUUGUUGUGGUCACUGCUCAACCAACACCUGUGACCACUACAGUAGUGCGUCCUGCAGGAGACUAUUACUUGACUCUCUCCAUUGUAUUGACUGUCAUUUGCCUCUUCUGUGGUACUUGGUAUUCUCUGUUUUGUACCAUACCUGCCAUUGCUAUGGCUACAGCUGCUCGUGAUGCUGCAGCUCGUGGUGAUCUUGAAGGGGCUAGGUCUAAAGGUCGUGUUGCUCUCAUUUUGGAUAUUGUUGCUUGUGUCUGGUGGAUAGUUGUUCUUGUUAUUAUCAUUGCAUCCAUUGCUGGGUCUGCUGCAAAUGCAAGUAGUUCGGCAAGCUAUUACAGCAGUAGUUACAGUAGUAGGUACUGUUACUAUUCGUCUUAUUAUGGCUACUAUUAUUGCUCUAAGUGAAGAAAUUCUUGUGUGUGUGUGUAUUUUUGACACUUUAUGAACAAUUAAUUUCUUUUAAGUAUAUAUUUUUUAUAAAAAAAUUAGAUUAGCUUAGUAGAUUUAGAUCAUAAUGGGCAGGGA